AUGUGCGCCAAAAUAAGCUCGUCAUCAGAUAAUCCAUCGAACCAACAGAGCGGGGCGGGGAGCAUGGGACCGUCGACCAAUAAGGCUGGUACAGCUCAGACAACGCCGAUGACGACUUCAAACUUUAUGUCUCGGGUAAGCGGUGGUGCGGGCACAACGAAAAGAGAUGCGGUUAAAGACAAAAAAGAGCAGUUGAGAAUAUCGCCAUGGAGAAGAGCCUGGGAAGUCGUCAAUUGGACGCCGCCGAAUUGCCGUUGGGAUCCUAAGAAGCCACCGCAAUUUUCUAUGAGCAUGAACGUUCUUUUUGCCUUUGCCGCUGGCUUCACAGUCGCGAAUCUCUACUACAACCAUCCUAUUCUCAAUCUCCUUGCUAGAGACUUCGGCGUGCGGUAUGAACAGGUAGCGCAGAUUCCCACAGUCAUGCAAGCAGGGUACGCAACUGGACUACUGUUCUUAUGUCCUUUGGGGGACUUGCUUCCAAGAAGACCUUUUGUAUGCGGUUUAGUAGCGUUCACAGCAACAUUGUGGUUAAUCCUCUGCCUAACAAACGACCUGGGAACGUUCACCGCAAUAUCCUUUAUCGUAGCCAUCACAACCGUGACCCCUCAACUCAUGCUCCCUCUGGUCGGCGACCUUGCACCACCCUCCCGCCGCGCCGCCGCCCUCUCAAUCGUUGUGUCCGGCCUAAUGCUCGGCGUGCUCGUCGCCCGCGUACUCUCCGGUACCAUAUCGAACUACACCACCUGGCGUGCAGUCUACUGGAUGGCACUCGCCUUGCAAUACACAAUCUUCGUCUUGCUAUGGCUCUUCAUGCCAGACUACCCUGCUACAAACCGCGGCAUGAACUACUUCCGCAUCCUAUUCGAUAUCGUCAAGAUGCUGCGCAAACACCCCGUGCUUGUUCAGGCCUGUCUUACAGGCCUCUUUACCAGCGCACCGUUUACAUCCUUCUGGACAACACUAACAUUCCUACUUGCCGGCAAACCGUUUCACUACUCCUCCCUCACAAUCGGCCUCUUCGGCCUCAUUGGCAUAGCCGGCAUGCUCCUCUCCCCCAUCUACGCACGCACAGUCACCGAUCGCUUCGUCCCGCACUUUUCCGUCUUCUUCGGCCUCUCAAUCUCGCUCGUCGGCGUGUGCCUAGGUACCUACAUCGGCACGUUCACCGUUGCCGGCCCCGUGCUGCAGGCUCUCCUCAUGGACUUCGGAAAUCAGACCGCACAGAUUGCAAACCGCUCGGCCAUCUAUAGUAUAGAACCGACACGCCGAAAUGGCAUUAACACGGCGUUCAUGGUUUCGACGUUUUGUGGGCAGCUAAUCGGGACUGCCGCGGGGAAUCAUGUCUAUGCGGCUGCGGGAUGGAUUGGGAGCGGGAGUUUAAGUGUCGGGUUUGUAACUGCUGCUAUAUGUGUUAUGUUGGCCAAGGGGCCGUGGGAAGACAGGUGGGUGGGGUGGAGUGGCGGGUGGAGUAUGAGGAAGAAGGAUAGAGAUAGUGCGGAUGGAAAGACGAAGGACAAGGCGUUGCAUGGACCGGUGGAGGCGGUCGAUAAUAAAACGGGGGCAAAUGAAAAGGUACUGGAUGAGAUUGCUGCCGAGGAAGGUAGGGUGAAUACUGUGUCAGAAGCGAGUGUGAGUACAGAAGACGAUGGGAUACAUUCAGCAAGAAAAGAUGUAGUCUAGAACAGUAAUGCAUCUUAAGAAUUUUGA